AUGAGUCACUGUGAGCUGGAGGACUUAACACGACACGUCAAUGACAAGAUUGCAGCAAUCAAAACAGUGUUAGAGCUCCGAGCAGUUGCAAAGGAUCCAGACAAACGGAGCAUUCUUCGCAAAAUCGGGCAGGACGUCUGUGCAAUCAAUGGACUUCUUGACCGGUUUGAAAAAUGUGUCAAAGAACAAAGAGACUUGUUAAAACACUUGAAGGAGCUGGAUGAAUUCUUCAAAGAGGAUGUGCAGAAUGCUCAACAUCUGAAGGAGAACACCCCCUUACACAUGCCCAGAGGUGGUCAGGUGACAGAUGAGAACAAACAGCCAGAAGUGCACUCAGCACCUCAAGAGCAAGAGCCUCCCAAGAAGUCCCAGCGCAACCAGAUCAAAGAGAUGGAGUUCAUUACCGUCCAGGAGUUUGAGUCCAUCCCACAGUAUAUGAAAGGCAGACUGCGGUACGACCAGCUCAACGCGGCCGUGCAGACCAUCAACAAAGCAGUGGUAGGAAAGUACAAGAUCUUACAUCAACCACUGAAGAACCUCACCAACGUGACCCGCAAACUCCACCAGCGAUUUAAGGACGAGGAGACGGAGGACACCAAAGGUCAGUUUUUCGUGGUGGACGCAGACAUUCAGGAGUUCGGGCAGGUGAAGGUGGACAAGCGCUUCGUGAACAUGCUCAACAUGCUGCGGCACUGCCAGAGGCUGCGCGAGACGCGGGGGGGGCGACUCACGCGGUACGUUCUGGUUUGA